CAGAAAGUCUCGCGUUGGUUGGACUCAGGGUUUCCAUAGCAACGCCAGUGACAACCAGUACUUCAUUUUGGCUAUAGCUACAGCAACACAGCGGCGUUACCUGACUUCUGAUGGGUUAUAUUUAACUUUAAGACACAACAAUGUCCAGAAAGAAACACGCAAAAGACAAGACAGAGAAGACGAGUGCUGGGGUCGAGGAAGGAGCCUCGAAAAAUGCAGGACCGACUCCAAAUGAAACGCCUGCUCAAACCUUUGAUGAAUAUCAGUGCUCAGGCAAUGUGGAGAUUGACUUUCCUGGGCUUUGUGCUCUUCUGGAUAUGAAGGACAUCCCAGCUGUCAGCACCAAGCAACCAGACUCCUCCAAUACCGAAGCUGAAGGAGAGAACACAGAGGACAGCCAGUCCCAGAUAAAAGCAGCGCCUUCUUGGCCUAAGCCAUGCCUCCAGGUGGAGCUGGAGAAUGAAGACCCCUUCAACACCACGAGCAUGAAGGUUUCUGGAUGGAAAGUAGAGGAGCAGAUUACUCGUGUGCUGAACAAGAUGCUUCCUUCCUUGAGCAAACUGCAGAGCCUUCAGUUUUGGCAGGCCGGACUGACAGAUCGAAUGUUAAUCUCCCUCAUGAACACUAUAUCGUUGUGCUCCAACCUGAGGGUUGUGACAUUAGAGGGGAACCCACUUCCAGAGCAGAGCUACCACCUUCUCUUGUCUGAAGAAAGCGUCCUCACUCACUUGUCCCUGCGAAAUAACCGGAUAGGAGAUGAGGGCGCACGUCUGAUCGGGUCCGCGCUCUCAACAACCAGAUCUGCUAACAAGAACCUCUGCUCACUCAACCUAGCGUUCAACUGUAUUGGCGAUGUGGGCGCUGCACAUAUCGCACAGGGCCUGCGGUUGAAUCGUGCGUUGCUCUUUCUCUCACUGUCCAACAAUCAGAUUGGAGACUCAGGGGCUGCUCAUCUGGCUGCGAUACUUGGCGAGUUUGCUCUAACUCAUGAGGAAGUUGUGGAGAGGAGGAAGCUGCUUCUGGAGAGGAUGCAGUCUUCAUCUCUUGGGAUCGAUGCUGAUCAAUCUUCUGCUGACCAACUGCCCUCCGACCUCUCAGUGCCCAGCGGCACUUCACAGAGCAAAGGGGAGAACAAAAGUACUUCCAAAAAAAGGGAACCAGCCAAAAAAGACGAGAAACCGCUUGCCAGCAAAGAGAACCCAAAGUCUAACAAGAAAUCCACUGAUCUAAAGGUGCCUCAAAGUAAAGGUGGCAAGUCGGGGGGAAAACAAAAACAAAUAUCUACACAGGAGCAGGAUACAUCAAGCACUGCCCUGAAUGAGCAGCUAGAGUCGGUGGAGAUAGUGAACCCCCUGCUGGACCAGUCUGUGCAGCACAGGGACGGACAGAUCUUUCUGCCUGGAAACACAACGCUCACCUCCCUCAACCUGUCGGGAAACAGAAUAACGGAGCAGUCGCUGCCCCUGUUCCUGUCGUCACUGCAGAUGCAGACUGAGGGUGGAGGUCUGCUGCGUCUCUGUCUGCAGAGAAACCUCUUCCCUCCAGAGUGUGAGUCCUAUGUGAUGAUAAAUGAACUGAUGGAGCUCAGAGAUCCACUCAACGAAAACAGUUCUGAACAGAGAGAAGAGGAGGGACAGGGGGCGUAGUGCUGGGAGAACAUUCACUUUUACAGACUGUAUACUAACUGACACUAUACUUUAUAUUUUUACAGUUAUUUAAUAAUUUUAAAAAAGUGCCUUCUUCAGUUGUUGUGGCUUUGUGAGACUUGAGAUGAAGAAAUUAAACUGACAUUACUAACAGAGAUUUUCCACCACAAACCUGCUUGUGAAAAGUUUUCUGAUUCUUUAUUUUGUUUGCAAUACCAUGACAGAAAAUACAAUUAAGAAAAAAAAUAA